UCGGCUGUCGCCUAGCUCUUGAAACAGAAAGGGAGAGAACUUGCAAUUUGAUAGGACCCGAAGCUGCAUUCGCCGUUGGAGGCUUGGGGCCGUGCACUCUAGAUGACUGACAAGCGAUGCACUCGGGAGGUGUAGUGAGUCAACCACAUGUGUCUUCUUGCCCGAAUUCCGACGGUUUGUUUGCUGUAUUGCGCUCUCGUCUGGAUCGCGCCGGUCUUGGCUCCGGAUACGUUCACCUCCGAUUGGUGGGAUCACGCCCUGUUAUGUGAUGAGGGUCCGCUGCCUUCGGCCCGGGACCUCCUGACCGCCUUCGCAUCCAGUCCGCGUUUUCAACUUCAGCAGCUUGCAGAACGGAGCCGGCCAAGGUUAACCAACUCCCUUGGACUCGCUGCCGCGAACCCGGUUGACCUAGAUGACCUCGGAGGCCGGCAUUUUUCCCCAGUAGCUACUUCGUCAUCGGCCUUGCAACCAAAUUCGCCAGCAAAUCCUUCGCCCGGGCCGGAUCUAAUUCCUAAUUAUGCUAGCUCUGUCUUCCACGACGUCUCACUUGACUCAUCGUUAAUCCCCAGGAAGGCCAAAGACCGCCAGUUGGAAGCUGCAACACGCGAUAUUGCCACUACUCCACCAGGUCAAUCACACACUCCAGACCCUAGUAGCAUCUCCGGCGCGAAUCAAAUCAAUCAGUACAACUCGGAGAUUGAUAAAUCGCCCAAUCCAGUUGAAAUACCAAUCAGUGAAAUCCCUCCACUUAGUUCUAGUGAUGAUAGUGGACGCAACAACGAAUCGAGUCAGUUGUCUGCCGCUGGAACCCCAUCAACUCGGCCAUUAGAUAACACCGAAAAUGACCAGGUUCAACGCGAGCCGGAUAGAACGGUAGCCAUGAAAUUGUACUUGGAUCUGACACAAAACUCCCCCAGGUUUCUAGGAGGCAGUGGAAGACUUUCUAUUGCAAUUCUCAGUGAUCACCAUAACAUUUUCGUUAAGCUGGUCAACUUGAGGGAGUUCGUGAGCGUACACUCCCCCCACAACGUUCCCUAUUCCACCGAUGUACCUUUCGCGUUGGUCCGAAGUCUCGAAGUCAAAGGCGGUUUCGUUUUCAGGGUCUUCGAUCGUUCAAAUGGACGAGUACAGGGAGCUCAUACGAUGGCAGGCUUCCACUACAAUUUGAUCAAAUGGCUCUAUAGGGUUCACGAAAGGAUGUUGAACGAGUUGGACAUCCAAACAUACGUACUCUAUUCCCAGCAAAAGAAGUUGUUUGCCUGGCUCCAUGAUCUGAUUUUCACCCCUCUCGAGGGUGCUCCAAUAAUGGGACUCAAGAUCUCCGCCCGACCAAAGUGGGAACCCGAAGAUACGCCAGGGCCUGCCAAGUUAAAAUUACUCGAAUUUUUCGCACAACAUAAAAAUGAGGAACAGGUUUCAUUCUUGACCGCCUUCGAUUUGAUAGACCUCUUCUAUAAACAUCAUCCGCUGCCUGGCCGUCCUUUGGAACAGCCAAGGAAAAUUCCCGUGGAUCCAUAUAUCGAGGCAAGGGUGCAAUUUUUUUUGAAGUUGGAUGAAGAUCAGGACGCGAAAUACCAGAACUUAUUCAAAAAAUCACGCAUCCAGCCUCAAGACGAUCAUCUUAUACGUUCGAGUAUCGAGCUCUUCGAGAAAAAAAAUGACAUACCGAAUUUAAAGUCUCAAACUCUGAGCAUCCAUCCCAGAUUGUUGAUCUCCAUCUAUUAUCUCCAAGAGACGCCAGAGUAUGGAUUCCUGCUAGUGUUAAAACAGAACGACGUUGAGCUGUUUAGAUGUCGUGAGAUGUCUAUCGCCUAUAAGAGACUACUCCGAGCGAUGAAUUACAUCCAUCUCGCAAUCCUCGACCGGAUGAACCUAGAUAGCCCAGAAAGAUAUGAAAGAAGGAAAGCCUUAUUUCAAUGGUUACACAAAAAUGUUGUAGAACCACAGACAGGUAUCCCUAUAUACGGAAAGAUCAAACUCAAUGUGCCAAACCUGGCACCUUGGGAGGACGGCAGUUAUCGAGAUGAGGAGUUAUUCACUCCAGUUCAAGUGGAAUUAAUGGAGUAUUUAUCGUCACAGAAUAACCCUGUUAAUCUGAAAGCUCAUGCCGCUUCUAUUUUCACUGCUUGGUACCAACUCCAUUUCUCAUCGGAAUUCCCGACUUUAGUUGAAACCGUCAACCAGCAAUCCCAAGAUCCCCGUAUGGCACAUUCUUCGAGCUGA